GCGCGCCUUGGCGCUCGUGCUCGCCUUCGAGCUCCGCCCCUUCCACGUCACCAGACAGGCCGGGGGAAGACAUGGCGGAGCGUAGGAGACACAAGAAGCGGAUCCAGGAAGUUGGUGAGCCCACCAAGGAUGAGAAGGCUAUUGCCAAAUACCUGCGCUUUAACUGCCCAUCGAAAUCAACUAAUAUGAUGGGGCAUAGAGUUGAUUACUUUGUGGCUUCCAAAGCAGUGGACUGUCUUCUGGAUUCGAAAUGGGCAAAGGCAAGGAAAGGAGAAGAAGCCUUGUUUACUAACAGGGAGUCUGUGGUGGAGUUCUGCAAUAGGCUUUUGAAAAAGCAAUUUUUCCACCGCGCAUUAAAAGUGAUAAAGAUGAAACCUGAGAAAGAUCUAAAGAAAGAGAAGGAGAAAGGAAAGAAUGACAGUGGAAAGGAAGAGGAAAAAAAGAGCAAGAAAGAUGUAUCCAAGGAUGAGAAAGCCAAGAAGGAGAAAGAGAAGAAAAAGGAUACUGAUAAAGAUGAAGCUAAAAAGGAAGAAACUCCCGGCUCACCAAAGAAAAAAGAAACCAAAAGAAAGUUUAAGUUGGAACCCCAUGAGGAUCAAGUUUUUCUCGAUGGUAGCGAGGUAUAUGUGUGGAUAUAUGACCCAGUACAUUUUAAAACGUUUGCUAUGGGCCUCAUCCUUGUAAUCGCAGUGAUAGCUGCCACUCUCUUCCCGCUGUGGCCUGCUGAAAUGCGUGUUGGGGUUUAUUAUCUAAGUGUUGGAGCCGGAUGUUUUGUGGCCAGUAUUCUCCUCCUUGCUGUUGCAAGGUGCAUUCUCUUCCUCAUCAUUUGGCUCUUGACUGGGGGAAGACAUCAUUUCUGGUUCCUGCCCAACCUGACUGCAGAUGUAGGUUUCAUCGACUCCUUCCGACCACUUUAUACACAUGAGUACAAAGGACCAAAGGCUGACCAGAAGAAAGACGAGAAGUCAGAUGGCAAAAAGUCUGUGAAAUCUGAUAACGAGGACAAAUCUGACAGCGAGAAAAAGGAAGACGAAGAAGACAGGAAAGCCGAAGCAGCGGAGGGGUCAGGAACAGAAGGCUCUGGAGCAGAGCGGCAGUCUGACACGGACAGCGAUAGGAGAGAAGAUGAGGGCUCGCAGCACAGCAGUGGAAAUGGGAACGACUUUGAAAUGAUUACAAAAGAGGAACUUGAGCAGGAAACGGAUGAAGGUGAUUGCGAGGAGGAAGAUAAUGAAAACGAGGAAACAAACGAAUCGACACCUUUAUGUGAAAAAUCGUAAUUACGCAGACGCAGCAAUGUGACAGUUGAUGUGCAAAUGAAUGGAUUUUUCUGUGGAGUGAUCACCAAAACAUAACACACUUUCUUCACUGUCUUCUCUCUUAUAUGCAGGAUCUUUUAGGGAUCAUCAAAUUCGUUAGGCAAUUAAAAACACUCUUCAAGAAAAAGGAAAAUGUGCUUUUAAUGGAAGUUUGUGCAGUCUGCCCACUUGUACAGUGCAAAGUCCAAAACUAAGUGGUACAUAUUCAUGAUGCCCCCUUCCCCCACUUCUAACUUUCUGAAAUUUGCCAUACUCCAGUGUAGAAUAACGUGAUCCAGCCCUGAAAUCCAUGCUGUGUGGGGUUAGAUUCUGGCAGUCUGACGUCUACAUGAUGCACACAUACAUUGCUGCCGGUCUGGUGCAUACUAUUGCAAUAGGUCUCUUCAUUUCAGAAAGCUUAUUCGAAAGCCUCAGCAGCUCUCAGUUGUAGCAAAAUAAUGCAAUCGGUUUAUAAAAUAUAUAUUUUUAAAGAGCUCCUUUCUAGCUUCUAGAUCCUGUCUUUGUGUUCCAGAAUCCUUCCGACAGCAAAGUAACAUUUAUUGUUGGAGAAAAUCCUUUACUCUCUAUAUUUAUGAUCCACAAAAGUGUUCUUUUUAAUGAUUUUGAUGAUCCCUUAUAACAUGUAGUCCUAUAUUAUGUCUGUCCAUUAUGUGUAGUGAAAAGUAGAUUUUUUUUUAAUGCAAUCUUUAAAUAUUGUUAACCCUUCCCUUCUAACAGUUAAGAUGCCAUCUUUAGUCAGUAGUAAUACUGAAAAAGUACUGUGUAUUUUUCUAGUAUUGAUGGUACUUUGUUCUCUGCCAUGUAAGCAGUAGUUAGGAGUAAUAAGAACCUGGACUUGUAUUUAAGUUUAAAGCCAAGGCACUUUCAACGUAAUCAUUCUCAUGCCUUCUCUUGAUCUAACCAAAUGAACAAUCUUUCUGCCUGGAAAAUCACCUUAUGGCAGGUAGAGGAUUAAAGGGUGCAUUUACUCAA